UGCACAUAUAACCCAGAGCCUGUCUCACCACACACACAUACGAGGAGACAUAGAAAUUGUAGACAGACAGAAAAUCCUACAAUCUUUUAAAAUGUCUGGCAUUGCAGCUAAACUUCAGCACAACCGAGAUAAAUCCCAUGGGAUUGGAUCCCACUCUCAAGCUGUAAAAUACAUGAACCAGGACUUUGAAUCGCUGAGGGCAAGCUGUCUAGAGAGAGGACGACUGUUUGAGGAUGAAUGCUUCGAGCCUCUUCCCUCGUCUUUAGGCUUCAAUGAACUUGGACCAAAUUCAUACAAAGUUCGGGGCGUCACCUGGAAAAGACCGACGGAAUUAUGCGACAAUCCACAGUUCAUAUUUGAAAAUGCCACCAGGACUGACAUUUGUCAAGGAGCACUUGGUGACUGCUGGCUCCUCGCAGCCAUUGCCUCAUUGACUCUCAACAAAGAGGUUCUGGCUCGUGUUGUCCCUCAUGACCAAAGCUUUGAGGAGAACUAUGCUGGCAUCUUUCACUUUGAGUUCUGGCAGUUUGGUGAGUGGGUGGAUGUGGUGGUUGAUGACCGCCUGCCUACCAGAGAUGGAGAGUUGCUGUUUGUUCACUCAGCAGAGGGUUCAGAGUUUUGGAGCGCACUGCUGGAGAAGGCCUAUGCCAAGAUAAAUGGAUGCUAUGAGGCUCUUUCUGGAGGCAGCACCACUGAAGGUUUUGAGGACUUCACUGGAGGCAUUGCAGAGAGACAUGACCUCAGCAACCCAGAUCCCCACCUCUUUAAAAUCAUUAGAAAGGCCUUGGACAGAGGCUCUCUUCUGGGCUGCUCCAUUGAUAUUACCAGUUCGGCCGACUCAGAAGCUGUCACACACCGCAAGCUGGUGAAGGGCCAUGCCUAUUCUGUGACAGGUGCAGACCAGGUGGAGCAUAACGGAGACACGGUGCAGCUGAUCAGGAUUAGAAACCCAUGGGGUCAGGUGGAGUGGAAUGGUGCCUGGAGUGACAAUUCUUCUGAGUGGAGAUAUGUGAGUGGUGAUGAUCGAGCAAGGCUGACCAACCGUUCUGAGGAUGGGGAGUUCUGGAUGUCAUUUUCGGACUUCCUGCGCCAAUAUUCUCGCCUUGAGAUCUGCAACCUCACCCCUGAUGCACUCACAGGCGAUGAGUUCAAGAAAUGGGCAGAGUCAGAGUUUGAAGACACAUGGAGAAGGGGCGUGUCAGCUGGUGGCUGCAGAAACUAUCCAAAUUCCUUCUGGAUGAAUCCUCAGUUUGUCAUAAAGCUGCAUGAGGUGGAUGAUGACCCUGAUGAUGGUGAGGAGGGCUGCACCUUCAUUGUGGGCUUGAUGCAGAAGAACAGGCGCCGUAUGAGGAAAAUGGGUCAGGACAUGGAGACCAUCGGCUUUGCCAUCUAUGAGCUGCCUGAGGAGUACUCUGGCCUAAAGCAAGUACACCUGAAGAGAGACUUCUUCCUGCGCAACUGUUCAGCAGCGCGUUCUGAGACCUUCAUCAACCUGCGAGAAGUGUGUAACCACUUCUGUCUUCCCCCUGGAGAAUACCUCAUCAUCCCUUCCACCUUUGAACCCAACAAGAACGGAGACUUUUAUGUGCGGGUGUUCUCUGAGAAACAGACGGAUUUCCAAGAGAUUGAUGAUCCUGUAGACUGCCAUGUUGAGGAGAUUGAUAUCGAUAAAGAUGACAUCAGUGACAGAUUCAAGGCACUGUUUGGACAACUUGCCGGACACGAUGUGGAGAUUUCCGCGUUUGAGCUGCAGAAAAUCCUCAACCGAGUGGUGGUGAAAAGAGAUGACAUCAAAACCAAUGGGUUUAGUCUGGUGACUUGUCGCAACAUGAUCAAUCUGCUGGAUAAAGAUGGAACCGGAAAGCUGGGAGUGGUAGAAUUUAAGAUCCUGUGGACAAAGAUCGAGAAGUUCCUGGAUCUGUACAAAGAGAGAGACGUAGACCAAAGUGGCUGUAUGAGCGCCUCUGAGAUGCGGCUGGCUGUUGAGGCUGCUGGCUUCUCUCUCAACAACCCUCUGCAUCAGAUAAUUGUGGCCCGCUACAGUGAAUCAGACCUCAGCAUUGACUUUGACAACUUUGUGGGCAGCCUGAUCCGCUUAGAGUUAAUGUUCAAAACCUUCAAGACCCUGGACAAGGAUGAUUCUGGUCAGAUAGAGUUGGGUUUUCUGGAGUGGCUGAGUGUGGCGAUGUUGUAGUGAAGAACUGAAGAAUCAGUUGAAGAAUCCAGGCCUGUGUUGAAGAGUCAUCAUAUCUGAAUAUCCUGUAUGUUUUCAAGGGAAUGUCACUUUAUCUCUUGUGUACAAUUUAAUCAAUUUAAUCAAGGUUGCUUUAAUCAAGGUUGCUGAUUUUAAUAAAGAGUUUGAUUGCCCACAAACAUAAUAAAGCUACAAUAUCCCACAAAUGAUCUUCUUAUUUAGC